AUGCGAUCUGGAUUAUAUCCUCGCAGAGGCGGCAUUGGGGAGCCGAGAAAGGCGUCGUGCGUCUCCUGCUUACAGUCGAAUAGCCAGUGUGUACUGGCUGAGUCUCGCAGAGGGGGGAAUUUCCGGCGCUACGAACCGAACAAGAAGCAUCCUGCAAAGAAUCGCAAGGCCCCCAAGCGCGUCCCAGAUGCACCACCUAUGGCACUUGAAUCCAUGGAGAGGGAACCAAAGCGCAACGGCGAAAGAUUGAAUGGCGAUGCUAUUGUCGGGCAGCUGGUCUCCGAGCUUCGAAAUCCGUCAGACGCAUUGCAUAUACUCGCUCAAUCAGAAAAGGGCGAGUCGGCUGCGUCGUCCACGUUGCCGGAGGGGGAGCCCAACAAUCUCUCAAAUGGACCGUCAAACGCUACAUUUCUUGAUGAGUAUAAGUUGGUCGAGAGCGGACUCAUCCACCGUACCGCCAUCUUCGAAUUGUUGCAUAUUUAUUCCCGCAACUAUCAUCCUUAUUGUCCCAUUGUGCCGGCAUACAUGCUUGGCCCGUCUGCUAUUGACAGAAUUCUCAAAUCCGACUUUUUCCUGCUUACAGUCGUCCUCACAAUCGCGUCUAGAGACUCGCCAUCCCACUCGCUCAUCCAUCGAUACUGCUGGGAUUACGCCCAAAGGCUCUUGUUAGAAGUGCUCCUCGGACAUCCCUGGACCCUCAAGUCUCGAACAGUUGAGAGCCUGCUGCUUUUGUCGGAAUGGCUUCCGCAUAUUGAGCUGACGCAUGGAGCGCUGAAGGAGGAUAAAAGUAUCUUCCUUGAAGACAGAACAUCAUGGUCCCUCGUGGGUUUGGCGGUUCGACAAGCAUACUUGAUGCGCUUGGAUCAAGGUGCUUUCCCGAAUACCGUGAUGCAGCAGGAGACCAAAGAACAGGCAGAGCAUAAACGACUCAUCUGGACAUUCGUCUACAUUGCAGAUCGACAGAUAUCCGUUCGCUUGGGGCAGUCCUUUUGGUCUCGCGGUCCGUCUCUUUCCACACGCUUCACAUCGAAAGACUUUCCUAGCCUGCAGCCUUGCUUCCACGACAGCCAGGAUGAUUAUGCGUCUGUCCACCAGGCUACGAUGGAGCUAAUCCAGCUCAUGCACAACGCCCAGGGCAUCCUAUAUGCCUCACCGAAGCGCACGUUAGCGAUCGUCCAUGAUGGCGAUUACAGUCGUUACCUCGACGACUUCCAGCGAGCAGCAAUGAACUGGCAAGCGACCUGGAACGACCUCGCCGUGUCGCCCAGAGUCAAACGUUCUUUGUCCCUCAUCUACGAAUACCUAUGUCUUUACGUCAAUGCAUUCUCCUUUCAAGCGGUUUUGACAAGAUUGUCGACCCCACCGCAGCCUUCUGGUCACAGUCAUUGUACUGGACAGAAUGGGAAGCCUUUCAGCAAAGGCAUAAUGAACUCUGCCGACGGAAGAUACGUUUGGGACGCUAUUACGGCGGCUAACAAUACGCUGAAGCUCAUGAACGAGUUCGAACCUGAGCAAGAGCUAUGCUACUUGCCUAUGAGACGUCAAGAAACUGCAACGUUGGUUCACAAGUUUAUCUCGGCGUUGGACAAGACUACACCCAACAGAUCUCACAUCGGCCACAGAUAUAGCCAGCUACUCAGGAAUCUUUGGCAAAAAGGACAACGCGGAUCGGAAAAAGCUAGGAACACGUGCGAGGCAUCUAUAGUCCUGCUUCCGACCGCAACCAAACAGCAGCUACCAAGGCCAGAAUUGCUUUCGGCUCCAUCACCUUCUUCAGCAACCAGCUGUGACCAUAGCAACGACUCAGCAGAGGCAGGUUUGCUUCAUCCCCAGAUUUCUGCCUUGCAUCCGGAACUUCCAGAUUCCUCUUCAAUGCAAGAGUAUCCAUUUGGGCCCUUCAUCAAUAUGCCAGACUUUGAGCUAGCGAGUUAUGGAAACCCCAUGAACGAUAUAGCACACUCCUCUCUCAAUUGGGGCACAAACUUCAUUGCAUUAUAG